GAGUUCUUCAGACCUUUACAUACGACUUGGUAUCGAACGGCUGGCUAACGAUACUAUCCCCCUCAUUUUAAAUUUCCCAAACUCCGCCGGCCAUGGACGAGCUAGUUCGAAUGACUAUCCAGCAGGCUGAAGCCCUGAAGAAACUUCCGGACGCGACUCCAUGGAAAGAUGAUGAACCAUGGGCUCAGCCUUACUAUUCUUGGGUCGAAGAAAAGAAAGAAUGGCAGCCAGCUGCCGCGCGCGGCGGCUCUCAGGCACAUUCUACUAGCAUCUCCAAUGUAGUCCUGUACAGCUGGAAUAUCGACUUCAUGUUGCCAUUCCCCGAAACCCGGAUGGAUGCCGCAUUGGCUCAUCUGCAGAAGCUCAUGAGCCAACUUCCGUCAGCUCAAAAUGCAGCUGUCAUGAUCAACCUGCAAGAAUGCAUCCCGUCCGACCUCGUCACCAUCAGCCAGAAGCAGUGGGUCCGAGACAAUUUCUACAUGACCGACAUCGACACAUCUUCUUGGGCGUCUGGGUCAUAUGGAACAACCACCCUGAUCGAUCGCCAAUUAGACAUAUCCUCGUGCUUCCGGGUCCAUUAUUCUAAGACCCGUAUGGAGCGGGAUGCGCUAUUCGUCGACGUCGUCGUGCCGGCUGUUUCCACCAGCCAGGCCGAGAAACUUCGGCUCUGUAACACGCACCUUGAGUCGCUUGCUCUCGAUCCACCGCUCCGACCUGCCCAAAUGCAAACCAUCGCGUCACAUAUGUACGCAGAAGGUUCCUUAGGUGCGAUACUUACGGGUGACUUUAACGCUAUUCAGCCGUCUGAUACCUCCCUCCACUCAGACAAUGGCCUUAAAGACGCGUACCUCGAGCUCGGCGGAGUUGAGAACAGCGAUGAAGGUUAUACCUGGGGACAGCAGGCACUGCCGGCGCUACGGGAGCGCUUUGGAUGCUCACGGAUGGACAAAGUGUACUAUCGUGGCGGAGGGUUGAAAUUGCUGAGUUUCGAGAGAUUUGGCGCUGAUGUCGAGGUUCCUGAGGAGGAAAAGGAUCAGAGGGAUCAAUUGCUGUCGCUUGGAUUUGAGAAAGCCUGGAUUACAGAUCACCUGGGGGUCAAGGCUGUGUUUCAACUUGCGAAUGACCCUCAUUUGUAAGAAGCUCUUGAAAAGUAAAGUCCUUCUCCGUGUUUUGUCAAAGGAAGCUCCUGUUUCUAUUCCCUUCUGCAUUCUAUGUUAUGUAUGAUCAAAUAUACAACUGUCCGGUGGAUCGAAGAUUGAUAACAGGAAUGAAUGUCUAGAUCUAAAAUACAUCUCACGCGGUGCAGGUAAUGCUUUUUCAGCCUAUGGGCCAUACUUUCUUUCGUUCAUUCGGUUAUUCCUGGCUUGCUACCGACGGGGUGUCAUCGAAAAGUGCCUUCCGAUAAUAGCUUGUCUAAAUCAUCUACACAGAAUGUGUUCAGUUGGACUUUCUUCCUAGACGAGACUAGAUCCGAAGACAGAGGUCUCGUGAUCCAAAAGUCAAUAAGCAAAUAUAUGACCAUGUGGAACAUUAAUUGGAAGGUAUUUAGGGUUCACCUGAAUGAUUGUCGAAUCUGAUUGCUGGUUAGAUUGAAGGCUCAUCGCAAGCCCUAGCAUACGUCUCUAUGUAUGGAGCUUUAUUUGCUACGAGAGGAUAUCGUCCAGAAGGCGAUGGCGAUCUUCUAGAUAAUAGUACUUUGCACUAGAACUCCU